AUGUCUCAAGCUCAUGUUCAUGACGGCCAAGGUGGCUCUUCCGUAGCUAUUGCAGAGCCCGUGCCCGUUUUGCAGCUUCGUGGUGCUGCUAAUAAUCAGCAGACGAGGGAAUUGAAGGGAGAUCAACGCAGCAAGGUACAUUGGAAAGAGGACGUGGUUGAUAACGAACAUAUGGACAAGAAAAAGUCGAAAAUAUGCUGUAUAUUCCAUCCUCAGCAGCACUUUGAAAACCCCGAAGGUCACGAGUGCGACCAUUCCUGUCACGACGAUCACUCGGACUCGUCGUCUUCGUCGUCGUCGUCGUCAUCCUCUGAAUCGGAGGCCGAAAACGCCAAGGGCUUGGACUUGGAAAGCAGGCGGAGAGCUAGGAAACAAAGACGUCAUUGCAAGCUUCAGCAGAAACGGUCGACGAGUCCAAACGCUUACGAGAUUCAGCCGGAUUACAGUAAGUUCAGAGAUAGGUACGCCAAGGCAGGCGACGGAGCAACCCAAGCUUAG